CCUCCCUUGGCUCCGCCCCGGCCGCGGCCAAUUGGAGCGCGCGUUGCCGUGGCAACGGCGUGGGGGGCGGCAGCCAAUGGAAGGGCGCGGCAUUGAGGCCGCCGGGAGUGAAGGCGGCAGGAUGGCCUGCAGUUUUAAGAAGCCGGCGCUGGGCUCCGCUCCCCAGAGGAAGAAGGCGAGUCCCAAAGCAGAGCUGUCCCAGGAGCAGCAGCAGGAGAUCCGCGAGGCCUUCGAGCUCUUCCACACCGACGGCAGCGACAGCAUCGAUGUCAAGGAGCUCAAGGUGGCCAUGAGGGCCCUGGGCUUUGAACCUAAAAAAGAAGAGAUCAAGAAAAUGAUCUCAGACAUCGACAAGGAAGGGACGGGGAAGAUCAGCUUCGAUGACUUCUUGGCAGUGAUGACCCAGAAAAUGGCUGAAAAAGACUCCAAAGAGGAAAUUCUCAAGGCCUUCAAACUCUUCGACGACAACGAAACCGGCAAAAUCUCCUUCCAAAACCUCAAACGUGUGGCCAAAGAACUGGGGGAAAACCUCACAGAUGAGGAGCUGCAGGAGAUGAUCGAUGAGGCAGACAGAGAUGGGGAUGGGGAAGUGGAUGAGCAGGAAUUCCUGCGGAUCAUGAAGAAGACCAGCCUGUACUGAAGCACAGUUGGAUUUAUUCCUUUGCACACAUUGUGUGGAUGCCUCAUUUUUUCCCCAGUCUUUUCUUUCUUUUGACUCAGCACAAAAACAAAAGGCCAGUUUUGUUCCAAGUGGAUGGUUUAGAGGUGUUUGUGAGCAGUUCCCCACCCUGUUUACAUGCUGGUUGCUGCUUUGUGCUUGGGAGAUGUUUACGCUGCUUUCAGUGCACAAAUCACCUUUUUGGGGCAGGAUUCAGAUCCUUUUCUGACCAAAAAAAAAAAAUCUAUCAAACCAUUCUAGUUUGGUAAAGAGAGAACUCAAAAGAAGCCAGGGUCAAUCUCUGUUCCCCAGCAGCUGGGAGUUUGGGCCCAGUGAACACUUUAUAUUUGCAGGGAUCAGCUUUUUAUAAUGUGUUUUAUGGGGAUCAUCUCCUCCCCCCUUUUUAGGAUGUUCUUUAAACUCAAAACAAAGUAAAUAAAUUGCUGCAAUUU